AUGAUCAAGCAAAGCCCCAGACGCAUUUGCUUCGGCAUCCUCGUCCCUUCGUCUAAUACGGUGCUGGAACCGCUCACGCAACAGAUCGUCUCUCAGCUGGAGGAUGUCUCUGUCCAUUUCUCACGCUUCCGGGUCCUCAAAAUCGCUCUGGAUCCCGAUGCACUGGCACAAUUCGACAACAGCGCCAUCAUCGAGGCUGCGCGCCUGCUUGCGGACGCCCACGUCGACGUGAUCGGCUGGAGUGGCACCUCGUCAGGAUGGCUGGGCUUCGACGCCGACGUGAGACUAUGUAAGGAGAUCACGGCCGCGACCGGCAUCCCUGCCACCACGUCGGUCCUCGGACUCAAUCGACUCAUCAAACGCCUUGGGAUCACGGAGAUGGGCCUGCUGACGCCGUACACCGACGAUGUGCAGUCAGCUAUCAUAAAGAACUACCGCGGGCUUGGGGUGGACUGCUCGCUGGAACAUCAUCUGGGCCAGUCCGACAACCGAGGGUUUGCCAACGUCUCGGAGAAGACGCUCGAUGAUGGGUUCUGGCAACUGGCACAGCGAGGAUCCCGCGUCAUCAGUGUCUUCUGCACGGGACUCAAGGCGGCGCACCUGGUGGACAGAUGGGAGACCAAGGCUGGUAUCACAGUGUUGGACACCGUAGCGACGGUGCUGUGGGAUAUGUGUCGCAUCGCGGGCGUGGACACGAGGUCGAUCCAGGGCUGGGGAGUGCUGUUCCAACAUUGCUGA